AUGUUGGAUAUUAAAUUAAGUUCAAAAAAUAUUGGAGUAAUAAAAUUAACUAAUAACUAUAGUAUUUGAACUUUGUAAUCCUUUUAUUGGAGAUAAUCUGGUAUUACUAUGAAGGAUUUCCAAUAAAUAAAUUGCUAGCCAUAUUAUCAUUCUAUACUAAUUUUACAUAAUUCUCUGUAGUGAUUUAUCAAGUAUGGUCUAUAAUAGAAUCAUUAAUUUGGAAAUAGCAAUCUUUAUAAUUAAAAAGAUUUUAAACAUUUUUGGUCUACGAAUGUUUUAUGGUAACAAUAUCUUUUUGGUUAAUUUAUUCAAUACAACCAAAUGCAGUUAUAUCAAAAACACAUCCAAUAUCACUUUACAUAUUAUCAACUUUUCAUGGUGGCAGUUUUCUUUAUUUGUAAGAUUAACUUUAAAAUUAGAUUCUUUUUAGCUAUUUAUACUUCUGGAUUCUAAUAUUCAGGGAAUAUUAAAAUUGCAACAAUAUCUGGAUGUUUAUAUUUAUUCUUUGUUGUGUUGAAUUACUUAAUUAAUGA